AUGGAUGGUGGUUUGAAUGCAAAAAUAUCUUGCCCUUUAUGUACAUUCAUUUCUUCUGCAUACUCGGUAAAGAAUUCAAAAACCGGACGAAAGUGGGUUGUUUCGAACUUCUUGAGACAUUACAGAACACAUUUCAAACGCAAUGAAAUCAAAUCACUUAGCCUUAAAUCCAGCAAAACACAAACUCAAAAAGUGCCCUAUAGCAUGUUAAAUUUCCUGAAAAAAACUACCAGUGACAAAACAUGUGGAAACCUUGGCGGGAGCCCAAAUACUUCUUCUAACUCCGAGCCUAAUUUUCACCUAAUUAACCCAAAUUCUGCAUCUUCAACAUCAUGUAAAUCGGAUAUUCAAUAUAACGUUCAUUUUGAUGAGAAUUAUGAGUACCAACAAUACCUUCCUUACGAGGCAGAAUCAUCUCACGAGCCAAAAAAGAUCCACAUAAUAUCACAAGUUAUUAAAACUGUAAAUACCGAUCAGCAAAGGGCUAAUAAUCAGUCGUUUGAAUCCAGUUUUUUAAAUAAUAUACAACCAGACUGCCUUCCCCGAACACAAUUAUUACAGGAGCCAAUAAAUAUAGAAGAGAUAAGCGUAAUGCAAAAUAAUGAGGUUGCUAAUAAUAUUUUUUAUCCACCUAGCAGUCCGAUUGGAGAAAACAUGGACGUUUUUAAUUCAAUUAACGAUUUGGAAACCAGUUCAUUACCACCAGGUCCUGACGAUUUUUUCUCCAAUGGCAGUGAUGUGGAGGUCAAGCAAUCUGCCAGUAUUAACAGGGGUAAUAACGCUUCAGAAAAUAUAAAGCCUCCCAAAAAUAGCAAUUCCAGACGAGAAAGGUCUUUACGAAACUUAAAUGAGCUUCCAUACAAUCAACAACAAAUAACGAAUUUUAUGAAUGUUAUAGAAGAAGUAAUAGAUAAAAACCCUGAAAUUACAAAUACCCUAAGAAUUGUUACAGAAAAUAAAAGCCUAAAUAAAUUCAAUUAUGAUACGAAAGGAUUGUUAAAGCAUCUUCUGGAAUCAGCAAUAAAAAAUUCAAAUAACAAAUUCGGAAAUGCAAAUAAAUUCGACGAAGAAGAAGCAGCGAAACAUGACAUAACAAUUUUGGGGUUUUCUAGUGAUGGUGAUACACGAUGCUUAAAGAGUAUGAAGACUAUGUCGAAAUUGCCACUAAUCUCUGAUAAUCCAUACUCGCCCUAUUAUCAGGCAGAAUACAAUUUAGAAAUUCCCACUGUGUUUCAAGAUACAAUUCACAUAUCAACUAAGUUGAAAACCCGACUACUAAAUCAAAACGCGUGUAUGGACAUGGGAGGAAAACGGGUAUCUGUAGAUAGUAUUCGAAAGCUAAUUGACAACUAUUCAAGAGAUAAACAUUUGCUGUGUAAAAGCUUUCUUGAGUGUGCUGAAUUUAGAUUUCCCCGACAAGAAAACAAAAGACUGGGCAAUGACGCUUCUGCCUAUAAAUUAACUCAGCUUCCAUCAGUGGAACUUAUCAAGCAAACGAUUGAAAAAGCCAAAGAAGACGCAACAUUAAGUGCUAGACAAUUUGGAAUGGAAAUGGAUACGGAUUGUUGGUUAAAUGUUGAUUUGCCAAUAACUGGACCACUCCACGAUAUUAUAGAUAUUGAAGAGGACGAAGAAGUAGACGAUAAUGCAAUGAUUUCUGGGGCAGACCAUGAGAAUGAAAACAAGAAUCUUGAAGCCUCACUCGAAGCCAACUUGCCAAAAGAAGACACAGAAUUUCUUAAUUACACAUCAAGCUUUAGCAAAAAGCAAGGACGUUUAUCAACCGAUCGAGUAUUAAGAGUUAAGGGAAUGACCUCGAGAUUGACCUCAAAAAACACCCAAAAGAAAAAGUCGAAAAGUCAAAUUCAAAACUUAAAGAAAUGUAAAACUAAGAAUGAAAAAAAUACUAGGCAAGGACGACAGCAGGAAGAUAGCACAACUGAAUCAGAAUCAGAAAUAAGUUUAGCUAGUGAAACUUACAGUGAAGAUUUCUCUGAUUUGGAUGAAUGUCCUAGUGAAACUAAAGAAAUAACGAUUACUUUGGAAUUGUAUUAUGCGGUGUAUUAUGAUACGCAAUGAAAUGGAAAGGAGUACGUCCUUAAUCAAGUGCGUCUCUGCAAUACAACCGUGUUCCAAUCAUCUUGGAAAAUGGAUUUCGUGUUUCAGAUGCAAAUCAACCGACAAACUAUUUGCUUAGUUGCAUAUGCAUGA